UGGGCUCUGUGCACAAUAUGGCGUCUGAUAACUUCCGGGCCCUGAGUGUAUGCAUGAGUACUUCCUGUGACAACUGAUUUGACAGCUAGAGCGGGACAUACCGACUUACCGACGUUUGACAGAUUUAGUUGUUUUAUUGUUCAAUGAGUGUAUUUAGAGUUCGAGAGAGGCGUCUUGCCUAUCAGAGGGUGGGGGUAUCGGCACUGCAUUGUUGUGUGCCGUUGUGCACCGUUUCGUCACGCUAUAAUAGUGAAGUUAGCUUUCAUUCAUUCCCAGUUGACUCCGUGGUGCGGGCGCAAUGGCUCCAAAAGAUUCGGAGGGAUAACUUCACCCCGACUAAAAACACCCGGGUUUGUUGUCGGCAUUUUAAGCCGGAUGAGUUUUAUGUGACUGCUGGGGGGCUGCGAAAGCUGAAGAAGGGAGCGAUACCGCUGUACUUCGAGUGGAAUGGAUAUGAGCUCCCCACACCCAGACCGAGCGUUUGGGACCGGCGUACGCGGGUCGAGAUUCCUGUCCCGGAGUCAGACUCGGAUGCGGAGAUGGAGACUGCAUCCGAGGCAGAAAAAGAUCAUGAUUAUUGUCUUGUCCCAGAAACAGGAGCGAGGGCCAGUGAUUUAGCGGACGAAAACGAUGCCUUACGCCGCAGGAUUGGAGAGCUGGAGGAGCAGCUGGAAGCGCUUCAACUGCGCCAGCGCUUCGGAAUAGAGCGCUUGUAUGGAUCUGAUGAGGACGUGCGCUUUUAUACAAGAUUUGCAUCUUACAGACAUUUAAUGGCGUUUUGGCGAUUGAUUGAACCUGCUGUGACCCACAAGAUGGUUCGCAUAACCAGCGCCAAGACAGCCGCAGCCCGCACAGUCCCUCACCAAACAACGAAACUAAGACCCAUUGAUGAGUUGCUGCUGUUCCUCAUGUACCUCUCAGUGGGUUUUCCUUUAAGGGACUUAGCAGAGAGGUUCAGCAUUCAUCGCACCACUACAAGCAGGAUCAUCUCUUCAUGGACCCAUUUCCUCUACUGCCUGCUGGGAAGCAAGCGCCUUUGGAUUCCCCCAGAAACAGUGAAAGCUCAACUGCCACCUGAGUUUGAAGCUUUUCCAGAUACACAGGUGGUGCUUGAUUGUACAGAAUUAUUCUGUCAAACGCCAUCCUCUCUGCUCCUUCAGAGUGAGGUGUUUUCCACCUAUAAAUCUCAUGCUACAUUCAAGGCUAUGAUUGGCAUGGCACCGCACGGUGCAGUCACCUUUGUGUCUGGGCUUUAUGCAGGAUCGAUGAGUGAUCGUGAGAUCUUUCGGCUGUCUGGCAUCAUAAAGCUGUUGAAGCCAGACAUGGCAAUCAUGGUGGACAAAGGGUUUCUCGUGGACAACAUUGCGCCAUGCAAGGUGUACCAGCCUGCCUUUCUCCAUAGCAAAAAACAAAUGAGUGGGGAGGAUGUCAGACAGACACAAUCUAUUGCACGCCUUAGAGUGCAUGUGGAGAGAUGCAUAAGGAGAGUAAAAGAAAACAAACUGUUUGACAAGGACAUACCAUUGUCUGUAUGUGGGAACAUUGAAGAAUUGUUCUCUGUGGCCUGCUUCCUGGUCAAUUACCAGAACGGGCCAUUAGUCAAGGCAUGGGCAGCUCGAGAGUGACUUACAUCAAAGAUGUGUCCAAGUAGUGUGGAUGUACUGGUGUAAAUAGUAUAAAAUGAAACAAAAUGCUGAUAAAUGACUCACCUGCAGAAGUGUUCCCCUUUGCAGCUGGAAUCAGCACCUUUACACGUUGUGAUGUUUGUUGUGAAGAAAUGAAAAAAGGCAUACUCUGCUUUUUUAAAACCUUUGUUGCUUCCUUGUUAUAAUUAUACUAAAAUUAAGUUUUGCUGACUUGAUAUAUAAUUGAAAACACGGUGGAGAUAACGUAAGAAAGUGUAUGAUUUAAUGAUGUAAUAAAGAAGUAUUGCAAACAAACAAUACAACUUAAACA